UAUCUUCUGUGCUCCUGGUAUCUACAGACACAGGUCUGUACGUUGAAGUUAACUGGGUUGUGAGAAAAUAAAGGUGCACAUUAUGGUGGUGCUAGAGUUCUUCCUGGUUUUGCUUACUAUGAAUCAAGUGAUGCCCCAACCCAAACGUGGGACUAAAGCUAGUUCAAAGACUUCACUUCAAGGUAGAGUUCUCCAGCUGGGUACCCAGGAGCAAUCAAUUUCUAUCCCUGGAAUGCCUUCAGUGAAUAUCUCUUUGCUGGAACAGUCCUUGAAACCAACAAAAAACUCAACACUGGCUCUGUUGCCUGAGCAGAAAACAUCUGAGGACAUGAGGCUUUAUCUGCUGAAGAACACCUUAGUGACAUGCAAUGAUGGAACCACAGCAGGAUAUUAUAUACGAGAAGCCAAAGGCAGCAAACGAUGGCUCAUAUUUCUUGAAGGGGGAUGGUGUUGUUACAGCAAAGAGACUUGUGAUGUUAGGUACAAGAAUGCCAAGCGUCUGAUGAGCUCCUCAGACUGGCCAAAGACCAGAAGAGGUACAGGAAUUUUAUCUGCCCGCCCGGAGGAGAAUCCUCACUGGUGGAAUCUAAACGCAGUCUUUGUGCCAUAUUGCUCAAGUGAUAUCUGGAGUGGGAACAUAUCCAAGUCCAAGAACGAUUAUGCAUUUAUGGGCUCGGCCAUUAUACAGGAGGUGAUUCGUGAGUUGGUUCCAAAAGGCAUUAAACAGGCAAAGAGCGUCAUUCUAGCCGGGUCCAGUGCUGGGGGUACUGGAGUCCUGAUCAACAUAGACAGAGUGGCUUCUUUGGUAGAAGAGAUGACUGCUAAUACCGUCCAAGUCAGAGGUCUAGUGGAUUCUGGAUGGUUCCUUGAGAGUAAACAUGGAAAAUCUGAUUGUAUGGAUGGAGCCUCUUGUGCACUCACUGAUGCCAUUAAAAAAGGCUUGAAACUUUGGAAUGGUACUCUCCAGGAGAAAUGCAGGCAGCAUUUAAAAAGGGAGGACGAAUGGCAGUGCUUCUAUGGCCCCAAGUCUUACACAUCAAUGAAAACUCCUAUCUUUGUGGUUCAAUGGCUCUAUGAUGUGGAACAGCUAAGAAUAGAAAAUAUCCAACCGGACUUCCAAUUCAUGACGGCACAUCAAUGGAACAACAUACAAAGCAUUGGAAGAGAGCUUAAGAAAUCCCUGCGUGAAGUCCCGGCGGUGUUUGCUCCGGGUUGUUUUUCCCAUACUCUUAUCAUAGCAAGCAACUGGUUGGAGUUCCAGGUCAAAGGUGUCACCUUAUCCCGAGCUCUACAGUGCUGGACAAAAAGCCUCCAGGACCGGAAAAGUCCAAAAACUGUAAUCCGGGGAUGCCCUUUUCAUUUGAUAGAUAACUGUCAAUGGCCACACUGUAACCCCACAUGUCCAGCCCUUCACGAUCCGGUGACUGGCCAAGAAGUGACCUUAUUACAGAUGUUCCUCAGACUGAGCAUUGAAAAUCAGAGAAGAGGACAUGAGCCCAAAGGAGACAUGAAUCAGCUAAUGGCGUUGUUGAGGAACGGUGGUUAGCUUGGAUAACGGUGGUUAUAAUUUAUAAUAUCCAGUUUUCAAACACAAAUUUUUCUCCCCCUUUUUACCAGACAACAUGGACAGUAAGUUUUUGUGAUAUAUAUUUUUUUUUUUAAUAUUUUUUUUUAUACUGGUUGUUAUACUAUUUGAUAUGCUGAGGUCUUCAACCUGUCACUCUCUAGCUGUACUAUAUGAUAUCAGGCCAAUGCUGGGAGUUAUGGUCUUGCCAACGGUUGGAAACCACUUCUCUACUGGAUCCUGUUUCUUCAUGGAUAUGACCAUGUGGUUCAAGUGACUACUUUGCACAAAACCUUAGGUUGUCAUGAUCUGGAGACAGCAGGCCGUAAGAAUCCUGA